CGGCUGCUUGUUGUGGUUUACAUCACUUCCGAGAGGAGACGCAUGCGCUGGAGAGAGACAGUUCCAGCGUGCUUAUCGUUUACUAAUCUAUUUAUCAGUGGGAUUUGAUAUUCAUAAUAGUCCUAGCACAGACAGACUGAUCAGAUGUCGGCGGAGGCGGAGGGUUACCCGGCGGAGAUCCAGGAGCAGCUCACCGGCUUCGAGUCCUCGGUGGGGGUGAUCAACAGCAUGCUUCAGACCAUGGUGUCCAUGCCCCGGAACGACCUGCUGCAGAAGCUGGACCCCCUGGAUCAGGCCAAGCUGGACCUGAUGUCGGCCUACACCCUCAACUCCCUCUUCUGGAUGUACCUGGUCACACGAGGGCAGAACCCGAGGGAGCACGGGGUCAAGCAGGAACUGGAGCGCAUCAGGGGCGUCAUGACGCGGGUGAAGGACAUCACAGACAGGAAGAAGGCGGCUCGUCUCGACAAGGGUGCCGCCGCCCGCUUCCUGAGACACGCCCUCUACGACGCCGAGGAGGGCAGGGCCAAGAGGCCCACGCCGGGCCGCGCCCCCAAGACCCCCACCCCCCAGACGGGCCAUGCACCCAAGACACCUGCCCCCCAGACGGGCCAUGCACCCAAGACACCUGCCCCCCAGACAGGCCGCGCCCUCAAGAAACCCACCCCGCAGACGGGCCGUGCCCCCAUGACCCCGACCCCCACGAAGAAACCCAGGAAAAAAUGAACACAUGAAUGGACAAAUGAAUGGAUGAACACAUGAAUGGGUGAACGCACGGAUGAUGAACAGGUGGACGAUGAACACAUGAAUGGGUGAACGCACGGAUGAUGAACAGGUGGACGAUGAACACAUGAAUGGGUGAACACAUGGAUGAUGAACUCGUGAAUGGAUGAACACAUGAUGGAUGCUCACAUGAUGAACGCAUGAUGGAUGAACCUGAUGAAUGGAUGAACACAUGAUGAAUGGAUGAACACAUGAUGAAUGGAUGAACACAUGAUGGAAGAUCACAUGAUGAACACGCGAUGGAUGAACACAUGACAGAUGAACACAUGAUGUAUGAGGUGCUGGCGGUGGUUCAUGGCUGAUGUCCCACAUCGUGUCGGCUCUCUGAACCUCUCCUCUGUGAGGACUGUCAUGUGCAUUGCUAUGGAUACAUAAGCUACGAUUGCCACAUGUCUGUAACCUUGGAGACUUGUGUGUUCCAGUGUUGUCGGUGAAGGUGGUUUUGCAUUGGUUGCUUCAUCACUUGUUUCUGUCUGUGAUCUGAAGGACUUUUAAUAAAUACUCGAGCCUA